AUGCUUUGGAAUUCGUUUUUUAGCCAAAGCUUCCCACGUUGCUUUUCUUCUGUGCAUUUGUUCUCUAACUGUCUGUAAGGAAGUUAAGACCCAGUUUGUCAUCCAAAUGGCGUUAGAAGGCAGAACAGCGGUGGUGACUGGUGCAGCGCAGGGGAUAGGAAGAAGUAUUUCUGAGAUACUUCUCAAAAACGGUGCCAAGGUUGCACUGUUGGAUGUCGCUGAAGCUACUGGGACCACCUUGAAGAAGUCCCUGGAUGGGCAAUAUGGACCGGAGCGCACACUGUUCAUCCCCUGUGACGUUCAAUCCCAUCAGCAGUUUAAAGCUGCCCUACAGAAAGUUGUAGAGACAUUUGGACAUCUUGAUAUUUUCUGCAACAACGCGGGUAUCGCCAAUGAAAAUGACUGGGAGAAGACUGUCUCCAUUAAUCUGAUGGGCGUUGUGAGAGGAUCUUACCUGGCUCUGGAACACAUGAACAAGCUGAGCGGAGGCCAGGGAGGAGUGAUCAUCAACAUUGCGUCCCUAGCAGGACUUGGCCCACUUCCAGGUGCACCCAUUUAUACAGCGACCAAACAUGGGGUGGUCGGUUUCACAAGAGCCAUGGCGGACAAGACUCACUUCAUCCCAUGCAAUUCGGGUUCAGGAAAAAUCAUUCAACUGAGAUGGCAACCUGCUACCUCUUUGAAAAAAUCAAAACAAAUAUUGACAGUGGGAGUGCUGUAUGUGCGGUAUUUUUGGACCUGAACAAAGCAUUUGAUACUGUUAAUCAUAGUGUUCUGCUCUCAAAAGUGUCUAAUUUUAAUUUGUCUGUGGAAAAAAUGAAAUGGAUGGAAACCUACCUCUCUGGAAGAAAACAAUGCAUCAGAGUUGGGGAUAGGACUUCAUCUUUCAUUGGCUGCUCUGUUGGUGUCCCGCAGGGCUCAAUUUUAGGACCUUUGUUGUUUAGCUUAUAUGUAAAUGAUCUGCCACUUGUAUGUCCAGAAGUGGACACACAAAUGUAUGCAGUUGACACGGUCAUCCUCGCACAUGGAAAGAACAGAUGUGAGGUGGCCGCCAAAUUAACAGAAGCAAUCGCCAAAAUUUCUGAUUGGCUCUCAAAGUCCUGCCUGACACUUAACAUCAGCAAAACAGCAUGCAUGUACUUUUAUGACAGGAAAAAUGGAAAUCAGCCUGAUAUUAUUGUUAAUGGAGAAAGGAUCCAGACUGUUUCACAUUUUAAAUAUUUAGGAAUAACCGUUGACUCACAGCUCUCAUUUAUGAAACAUGUGAAGCAGGUGUGUAAUAGAGUCAAAUUCAAUUUAAGGAAUUUUAGGUACAUCAGGAACCAGCUCCCUCUAGAUGCAGCAAAACUUUACAUGCACUCCAUGAUCUUUUCACACAUCUCAUACUGUAUUAAUGAGAUGUGUGGUCACAAACUGGAAAAACAACACUUGCUCCAGUGCAAACCCUUUACAAACAAACACUCAAAGUACUGGACAAAAAGCCAUUAAGAUAUCACCACUGUAACAUAAUUCAAAGACAUAAUCUUAAAAAGAAAGUUUUGUGUUUCUUGCUGAUGGAUGUUUAGUUUAUAAAAUAAUGCACGAUUUGGCUGCGCCUCCGUUAAACGAGUUUGUGUCACUGCGCUCAGAAAAUGGAAGGAGAACUAGAACGUCCAACAGAGGGGAAUAUGUAGUACAGCACAGAUCCACUGAGUUUGGCAUGUCCGUUUUUUCAGUUAGAGCCACAAAGUCUUGGAACUCAGUACCAAGCGAGAUAAGAGAGUGGAACACCUUUGCUGGUUUUAAAUGUAAGAUGAAAUCAUGGCUGAAAUUGACCCAAGCAUGUACCCAUCAUGCAUAGACUGUUGUCUUAAUGUUGUGAUGUCCUGUUUUCUUGCUGUGCUGUUGUUGCUGUUGUUGUUGUGGUGUCCUAAUGUUGUGAUUUUUUUGUUCGUAUUGAAUUGUUGUGUUUUACCGUUGUAAAUUGUGUGUUAUUGUUUUUAUACUUCAGUGUUAGGUUUCCCUUUUGACAGAGAUGUUAUCCUCUGUUUCCUGCCCAUGGGACUACAGAUGAAGAUAGCUUAUAGCUAACUCUGGUACUACUAAUGAGCUGUGCAUGGUCCCUGCUAAAUAAACAAAUAAACAAAUAAAAAUAAAUAAAUGUUAUCCCUUCAGAGCCAUGAUCAAAGUGAUGAGCAACUGAGUUUACCCCUGUAUCCCCUUUCUGUGGAAACUAGCACAAUUGCAAUAUCAGUCUGAACAGCAGACAUAUAUGCUAUGCAGGUGCCAGAGAACACAAUGCAUAAGCUGUUGAACUCAGACACAAGGCUGAAUUCAUCACUAACUUACUACUUUACUUACAUCAAAUAGAGAUUGUCUUCUCUUCUGCAUCUCACCUUUGGUUUGUUGAACAGAUUGAAUUACUGAACAACUGGCCGAUGUUUGUGUUGU